AUGCGGAACCUCCGCAUAUCACGACACUCUGCGCCAAUUUUUCCGGACCAGCUUCUCCCACUAACUGCAACUGCGUGGGAUACAACCACAGACGGCGUAAUCUGUGCCUUUGGACCGUCACCACUAGAGGCUGUCAUUGAACUGAAACGCUACACUGCCGAAGGUAAACAAGGUGCCCACACUAUUUCCACCAUCGCAACUUGGGACGCGCCAUGUCCGAACCCAGAUCUGGACUGUGACAGGAUCCUGAGCCUGCACUUUCUCACCGACACAUCUAGUGUAUGUCUUGUCCUGGCAGGAGGGGAUAUUGUGCUUGUCCGAGAACAGCCGCUUCCGGGGGAAGAUGCCAUCGAAAUCGUAGGAUCGGUGGAUGCUGGAAUUUCGGCUGCUGCGUGGUCACCGGACGAGGAACUGCUCGCCCUGUCAACGAAUGCCGGGACUCUAAUCUACAUGACCAAGGACUUUGAUGCCGUUGUCAACAUCACUCUGACCCCGGACGAUGUGAAGGUAUCCAACCAUGUCUCUGUCGGCUGGGGCAAAUCAGAAACGCAGUUCAAAGGCAAAAGGGCCAAGGCACUGCGCGAUCCUACCAUGCCUGAACAUGUAGAUGAGGGUGUCCUCAGCGCUUUGGAUGAUCGGUCUACGUCGAUAAGCUGGAGAGGUGACGGCGCUUAUGUAGUCCUCAACACUGUUGAAGACGAGAAGCGCCGCAUGCUCCGGGUGUAUUCUCGAGAUGGUGUCCUAGACAGUGUUAGUGAGCCCGUAGACGGCUUGGAGAGCGCACUCAGCUGGCGACCGUCGGGAAAUUUGAUCGCAGGGAUACAACGAAGGAAUGAGCAGAUUGAUGUUGUUUUCUUCGAGCGGAACGGGCUUCGUCACGGUGAAUUCAGUCUGAGAUUGAAACCGGAAGAACAAAAGGAGCUUGGCAGCUCCAUCGAGCUCCAGUGGAAUGUUGAUUCUACCAUCCUUGCCGUGUCGCUGGCGGACAGGGUGCAGUUUUGGACCAUGGGAAACUACCACUACUACCUCAAGCAAGAAAUCCGCACAGUUGCCGAUGCGAGAAGUGGAAGCCCUAUGGGCGUAAAGUGGCAUACUGAAAAGCCCCACAAGGUCACGAUUUACAAUGCAGAGCGCCUCCAAGACAUUGAAUUCGAGUUGAUGUCACACAUUGGUUCUACUUCGCCUCCUCACGACCAUGGACUUGUUGCAGUCAUCGAUGGUGCAAACCUGAAACUCACUCCGUUGCGUCUGGCAAACGUGCCGCCACCGGUGUCACUGCACGAGGUGGCCGUAGACGGCAGCAUCAAAGAUGUCGCUUUGGCGCCGUCGGGGAGAAAAGUCGCUGUUCUGACGCAUGAUGAGGUCUACACGUACGACUAUCUUGACUCAAAGCGACCGCGUAUGCCAAGACUGCUUUCGCGCCGUAAGAUCAAGUUGCAAAGCGCAAUACCCCGGCAGAUAGUCUUGAAUGACAAUGACUGGCUCUUCGUGAUUGCUGAUGACCUUUACUCGAACGCUAGUCUUUGCUGGCGGGGUGAAGGUUCAGGGGAUAUCGAGCUUGCUGGUACAUUUCCCCUGGAUGGAAACAUCAGCGGUAUGAGUCUGAGCUCCGAUCUUCAGCAUCUCUGCCUCACGGAGCCAGACGGCAAGGUCAGUCAGUAUGAGACCCUUACCGGUGAGAUGGAGCGCCAGCCAAGUGAGAACAUUCCCGCAAGCGUGUCAUCGGUGAGGGUUACACACACGCUUGGAGAGGUGGAAAAUGUUGGACAUAUCGCUCGAUCGGAAUCAGCCGACAGCGUUUCCUUUGGUCUCACCAAUGGUGGAAACUUGUAUGCGAAUGAAAGGCUGAUAGCUCGAAACGCCACCUCCUUUCUUGUCACGUCCGCACACCUCAUCUUCACCACCACACAGCACUUGCUUAAGUUUGUCCAUCUUUCAUCAAGAGGUAAGUCCCCGUCUGGUGUCCAGAGAUCCAAGGAGCUAACUGUGCUAGACAUGGAAGUACCGGCAGAUGAACCUGAACUGGAUGAGCGAUGUCGAAGGAUAGAGCGUGGUGCUCGCCUGGUCACGGCCAUGCCUACGGCCUACAGUAUUGUCUUGCAGAUGCCUCGAGGCAAUCUAGAGACUGUGUUUCCAAGAGCCAUGGUCCUGGAUGGCAUACGCAGAAACAUUGACAAGAUCGACUACAAAGAGGCUUUUCUCGCCUGUAGGGCCCAGAGAGUUGACAUGAACAUACUUUAUGAUCACGCCCCGGAUCAGUUCCUCCAAAAUGUCGGCGCAUUUAUCAAGCAACUCAACAAUGCCGGCUAUCUCGAUCUGUUCGUUUCACAGCUAAGGGAAGAGGACGUUACAGUUUCCAUGUACCGCAAUACGUCCAAGGAUACAUCAUCUGAUCCUUCUAAGACGUACGCGGCCGUCAAUGGAACCAGUCUCCCUGGUACAAAAGGGGGCUCGGCAAUUAGUGGCAAAAUCAAUCGCAUCUGUGAUGCCAUUCUGCAAGAGCUCAGCGAGACACCAGACCUCAACAUGCAGAACAUAAUUACAGCCCACGUCUGCAAGAGCCCACCAGACCUGGAAGCUGGUCUCACAGUCGUGGGUGACAUUCGUAAGAACGACAGCGAACGAGCUGAAGCGGCUGCUGAGCACAUCUGCUUCCUCGCCGAUGUCAACCAUCUUUACGAUCAUGCACUGGGCUUAUAUGACCUCGAGCUCACGCUCCUCAUCGCCCAGCAAUCCCAAAAGGACCCCCGAGAAUACCUCCCAUACAUGCAAUCCCUCCAAGAACUCACACCCCUUCGCCGCUCCUUCGAAAUCGACGACAAACUCGGUCGCCGUGCCAAAGCCCUCGGCCACCUCUACUCCAUCCCCGCAUUCGACGAAUUCAAGUCCUACGCCCAGAAACACGAGCUCUACCCCCAAGCCCUCGAACUCGUCAAAUACACCCCCGACCAACUCAACGAAAUCAUGCGUCUCUACGCCGACCACCUCCACGCCAACGACCGCUUCCGCGACGCCGGCCUCGCAUACGACUUCCUCCAAGACCACGCCGCCGCAUCCCAAUCCUACGCCCUCGCCCACCUCUGGCGCGAGGCCCUCACCACAGCCCAACUCGUCCCCUACACCCCCGACGCCCUCCACGCCCUCGCCUCCUCCCUCUCCGACUCCCUCAUCGAAACAAAAGACUUCGCCGCCGCCGCCACAAUCCACGCAGACUACCUCUCCGACAUCCCCGCCGCCGCCCGCCUCUUCUGCCGCGGCACCCUCUUCGCCCACGCCCUCCGCCUCCUCACCCUCCACGCCCAACCCUCCCUCAUCCCCUCCAUCAUCGACACCGCCCUCAUCGACGCCUCCGCCUCCAUCACCGAACUCCUCGCCGACAUCCGCACCCAACUCGCCCUCCAAAUCCCCCGCAUCCGCGAACUCCGCGCAAAGAAAACUUCCGACCCCCUCGCCUUCUACACCGGCGAUCCCACGUCCAACGACGCCUCCGCACACGAUAUCCCAGAUAACGUCUCCCUCGCCCCAACCUCCACCUCUACCUCCGCAGGCACGUUCCUGACCCGCUACACGGCGCGCAGUAAUGCCAGCGGCAGCACGCUCAACACCCAGACGACGCGCAAAACGAGCAAGAACCGGCGGCGGGAGGAGCGUAAACGGGCGCGUGGGAAGAAGGGCAGUGUGUAUGAGGAGGAGUAUCUGGUUGGGAGUGUGGGCCGGUUGGUGGAGCGGGUGAAUCGGACGAGUGAGGAGGCGGGCAGGGUGGUGGUGGGGCUUGUGAGGAGGGGGAUGAGGGAGAGGGCGGCGGCGGUGGAGAGGAUGAUGGGUGAAGUGGUGGAUGCUUGUGUUGGGUGUGUGCCUGAGGUUUGGGGCGUUGAGGGGGGAGGGGAGCCGGAGAAGGAGGAUGGGAAAAGGGGGAUUGGGGAGGAGGAGGUUGAUGGUGAGAGGCCGCAGGGGGCAGAUGGGGUGUUGUGGGAUUCGAUGCAGGAGAGUAGAGUGAGGAGGGAGCCGCCUGUUGUAAAGGCGUUUGAAAAGUUGGGACUGAUUGGGUAG